AUGUUCGCUAUUAAGAGCGAUGAGCGGGCAAAGUGGAAGAUCGCCUCUCGGUUAGAGAAAAGGCCACUUUUGAUAGCAGCAAACUGCCUCGCUGGCCUUGCCAUAUUUUUCUUCGGAUAUGAUCAAGGUAUGAUGGGUGGAGUCAAUGACUCCAAGGCGUAUGUGGACCGAAUGGGGUUGGGCUACGAGAAGAAUGGAUCGAUCACUAUUACCAACACCCUGUUGCAAGGGGGCAUUGUCUCGGUGUAUUAUCUGGGAACCUUGGUCGGAUGCUUCAUGGGGGGCUAUGUAAGUGAUCGGUUUGGCCGCAUCAACUCACUCGCCUUUGGCGCUGCAUGGGGAAUAAUCGGCGCAGUGCUCCAAUGCACAGCAAUGAACCCGACGUGGAUGAUCGUUUCUCGCUUUAUCAACGGCAUCGGCACUGGAAUCUUGAAUGCUACUGUUCCUGUCUAUGGCUCCGAACUUGCUGAUUAUGAGUCUCGUGGCAUGUUCAUCGCCAUGGAAUUCACGCUGAAUAUUGUUGGCGUCGUGGUGGCUUAUUGGCUGGGAUUCGGACUCAGUUACAUCAGCAACGGCACUUCCGAGUUCCAAUGGCGAUUCCCUAUAGCCUUCCAGAUUGUCAUGCUGCUUUUACUCGUCACCGGCUGCUGGUUCUUCCCUGAAUCCCCUCGUUGGCUUUGUAUGAUGGGUCGACGGGAUGAGGCAAUGUACGUCCUGAAACGUCUUCGAGGGGUUGAAAACGAGCGUGCGGUUGAGUUAGAAAUGAAAGAAAUUGAGACUGCCGUCGAGUUAGAGGCGGAAUCGGAAGAAAAUAUCACUUAUUACCAUAUGCUAUUCGGGCUCGGUCAGGGAGAUUUGCAUAUUGCCCGACGCGUUCAACUCGUGAUUUGGUUGCAAAUUAUUCAAUGUUGGUCAGGAAUUGCUGGAAUCACAAUGUACGCACCGACCAUUUUCAAGAUCGCCGGCUUCGAUUCUCAAAAGACAAUGUGGAUAUCAGGGCUCAACAACAUCUUUUACGCGUUCGCUACAUUGAUUUGUGUUAUCACUCUGGAUAGGAUCGGACGACGCUGGACAUUAUGGUGGGGAGCAGCAGGACAAGCAAUUGCCAUGUUCCUUGCAGGUGGCAUGGCUCGUGGCGGAAUUAACAACCCAGGAAACCAGGCACCCUGGGGGGUCGCAGCAACUUCAAUGGUCUACCUGUAUACCUUCAUAUUCGGUGCUACUUGGCUCACUGUACCCUGGUUGUAUCCAGCAGAAAUAUUUCCCCUCAAAGUCCGAGCCAAGGGGAAUGCAUGGGGCGUUGUUGGCUGGAGUCUGGGCAACGGAUCAUUGACCUUGGCUCUUCCGUACAUUUUCGAGGCCAUCGGAGAGAACACACUGCAUGUCUUUGGUGCCGUUAACCUUAUCAGUAUCCCUAUCGUAUGGGCUUUUUAUCCUGAGUCAAGUCAGCGUACGCUUGAAGAAAUUGAUUUACUCUUCACUUCUAAGUCACCAUUCGUCUGGGAAGCUGAGUCGAGUUUUGCGGCAUACUUGGCUGAAAACCCAAAUUUUGGUGCAGCCCGGAUGAGAAACAGUAUUGUUGAGGAUUCCGAGAAAGCUUACAAUGCUAGCAAGUCUGAGCAUGAAGAAAUGGUCUCUGGUCAUUGA